CCAAAGAGGAAACUGAAUUUGCCCCUAAAGACGGUGCGGGUCCUCCGGAGUGUAGUGGGAGUGCGCAUGCGCCAAAGAGGAAGAGCCGGCGCUGAAAUUGCACCUGACUCUGAGCGAGGAGAGUGCGCAUGCGCCAAGGAGGACUCUAAUGGCGCUUUGAGUUCUGAGGGGAAGAGAGUAAGGCGACGAGUGGAGGGAGAAGAAAAGAUGGAGGGCGGGGCAGUGGCCUCGGGAUGGCUGCGAUGGCAGCGGCUGUGGGCCCUCUUCCUGCCCUUCUCCUUCUUCCUCUGGAGCAGCUCGGUAAUAGGGAUGGAGACCAGUGCCUCACCGUCGCCGGCUCCCGUUUUGUCAUGUAAUGCUUUUGUCAAAAAGACUUGCGAAGAAUGCGUGAAAAACACUAAAUGUCUUUGGUGCAGUGAAAACGCAACUUGUAUGGACUACCCUGUAAGCAAACUUAUUCCACCAUCUUCAUUGUGUGAACUUAGAAAGUCUUAUUGGGGAAUAUGCUUAGUCAACUUUGAGGCCAUAGUCAUUACCAUAGGUGUGGUAGCAGGCCUUCUUCUGAUUUUUAUGCUGUGCUGCUGCUGUUAUUGCUGUCGCAGAUGUUGCAAGUGUCAUCCUAACAGGGAAAUAUCUGAAGAAGAAGAAAGAUUUAUCAGAGAUCGGGAAGAAAAAAGAAUGCAGUCCCUUCAACGGAAACAUGAAAGGAAAGUGAAGCAUGACGAGAUACGCAAGAAAUAUGGUCUCCUUCCGGAUUCUGACCAUCCAUACAGCAGAUAUGAGAAUGAAUGAAAAGGAAGAAGCUGCUGUGCCUUGUUAAGGAUGACAAAAAUGUCACAGUCACUUUCUGCUUCAGUGUUUAGGCCUUCAGAUAGGUACAUACAUGCUCAAUAGUAUGUGGUUUUUUUAAAAAUAGCACUUAUAUUUAUUUUGUUAACAAUACAGCAAAGAUUUUUUUUCCUCUCAACUUUUUCUUUAAUAGAAUACGAGUUGAGGUAUGCAAGCAGCAAUCAUGUCAUUUCUCCCUAAUGUUGUAACAUUUUAUAAAACAACAGUUAUUAUUUCCACAGUGCUAAAUAAAGAUGCUGUUCUAAUCCGUGUCAAGUAAGUGUUGCCAAGUAUUUACUGCUACAGAUGUGUGAUAUCAAGUGAUGACAAAUAAUUCCAGCCUACACCACCUUCGAGAUUGGGUUAGAAAAUGAGAGGUGUUUGUGAAAAUGACAAUGUACGGUAUCCAGCUUGGCUCUGCUAACAAAACCACGUGGUUCCUGAUGUUACUUAAAUAGUCAGUAGUUGCUGUACCUUCAUAGCUUUCCGGGUGCAUGGAAAUGGGGAAUCAGUUCCAAAAUCCUAUAGAGCAGUGGUUCCCAAAUUCGCCUCUGCUCUGUUUUUUGGACUUCAUCUCCCAAGAAUUCCUGGUAGUGGACCAAUGUGACUGGAGCUUUCUUGAAGUGCAAAACAUUUGAAGACCAAAGUUUGUGUGAUUCUCUAUAGCAGUGUCCAUCCAAAAUGGCAUUUCUGAUUUUGUUGCAAAGGGUGGAUGUGGUCUGCUGUGGUCCAAAGUGUGUGAAAAAAAAUAGUGACCAGGCCCUUGUACUCUUCUAGUCCUGCUUGCAGCUUGGGCCAUUAGGACUCUCAGCUUAUUUUGUGUGGACAAAACGAUUGUGGCUCAGAAGAUGGCUGCUCUGAAGACAGAAAGAUGGAAAGCUUUUCAAUGUCAUGUCCAGAAUUGUGACUUUAGUUUGCCCAGAUUUUGACCAAUAGAUACUCAACCAUUAUUGAUACAUGUAUCCUAGUUUUUCUGUGCUGUGUAUGUUUAUUAGUUACUGUGAAAACCUUCAGGAAAACUGAGUUUGUAAAAGGAUGGCAUUGUUUUUUGAAACAUGUACAUCUAAAAUGGGUGUUGUGUGCUCAGUCAUGUGUUUUUUGAAAUGCACUGUGUCAGAAUCAGUGGCAAAUAUAAACCCAAAAUGAUUAAUGCAUUUGAAUCAAGAAUAGAAGCCAUGCAGGCAAAUGUUGGGGUCUCAAAAGGCCUAAAUAACAAUGUUGAGAAAAGCUACAGUCAACAAUAUUUGGAGAGCUGCUUGCUUCUGACUUCUACUUUAAAUGCAUGAAUCAUUUUGGGUUUGUUUUUACAUUCGUUGUGUUUCAUAUAUACUGCAGAAACGUUUGUGUCGAACAUGAACUCCGUCUUGAAGAUACAGAAAGAAAUAUUGUUGAGAACUAGAUUUUAAUAAAAGGCUCUUAGCAAUAUAAGCAUAUAUUGGAGGCAGUAUUGUUAGCUUCCUUGAAAUUCUUUCCAAGACUGUUAAGAAACUUACAUAAUCAGAUUCUUUGUCAUGUCUUACUCGUUGUUAAAAUUAUCAUGUCAUUUAUUAAAAUUUUCUAAUAAUAUACAAGGCA